AUGAUAAUUAAUGAUGAUUUACUAAAAGAAUUAAAUUUAUAAAAUUUACAAUCAAAAAGAGUAGAAUAGAAUGAUUCAACUAAAAAUAAAAUUGAAAAUACAAAUGCAUAAUCUCCAUAUAUUAAAUGUAUUGUCCUUAUCUUAGGUACCUUAUUGAUGUUUGGAAAUAACUAUUCUUUUGAAAUCCUCAAGCUUUAUAGAGUGAAUUAAUUGAACAAUUAGAAAUUACAAUUUCCUAAUUUAAUUUAUUGUAUUCAGCAUUUGCAUUUCCAAAUAUCUUCUUAACUUUAAUCGGAGGAGUCAUAACUGACAUAUUAGUUAUAAUAUUAGAUUUAUUUUAGGAGUGAGAGUGGCAAUAAUAGGAUUUAGUUUAAUUAUUGUGAUUGCGUAACUCAUUAUAUCAUUUGGUGGUUUAUUUCAAAAUUAUUUGAUAAUGUUAAAUUGGUAGGAUUAUCUUUGGAACAGCUUCAGAAAAUCUAUUAAUAGCAUAAACUACAAUCAUAGGAAGAUGGUUUAGAGGAAAAGAACUUUCUACUGCUAUUGGAUAUGUUAUGGCAAUCCCUGAAUUUGCAUGUGGAAUGA